GUUGCUUUGGCGCCGUCUGGGGAGCACGGUUCCGCGGGUGGCGCGCGGCGCAUGGUGGCGGCGCCUCUCGGAGCGCAGCCGACCUGCUGACCCAGACUCCGUUCUCCCUACCCAGCGCGUCCCGGAGGCCUGCUAGAGGUAGAAACAGUAGCGGCAUUAGCAGCAGCAGCGGCGGUGGCGACUGCUUCGCCGCCGCCGUCUCCGCGGGAGCAUGGAGUGCGCCCUGGACGCCCAGAGCCUGAUCAGCAUCUCCCUGCGCAAGAUCCACAGCUCCCGGACCCAGCGCGGCGGCAUCAAGCUGCACAAGAAUCUCCUGGUGUCCUACGUGCUCCGCAACGCGCGCCAGCUCUACCUGAGCGAGCGUUACGCGGAGCUCUAUCGGCGCCAGCAGCAGCAGCAGCAACAACAGCAGCAGCCACCCCACCACCAGCUCCAGCACCUCGCGUACGCGGCACCGGGCAUGCCGGCUAGCGCGGCCGACUUCGGCCCUCUCCAACUUGGCGGUGGCGGAGACGCGGAGGCGCCCGAGCCGGCCGCCCGGCACCAGCUGCACCAGCUCCACCAGCUCCACCAGCUGCACCUCCAGCAGCAGCUGCACCAGCACCAGCACCCGGCGCCCAGGGGCUGUGCGGCGGCCGGGGCGCCCGCGGGCUGCGCGGGGGCGCUCUCAGAGCUGCCCGGGUGCGCCGCGCUCCAGCCGCCGCACGGCGUGCCCCACCGUGGGCAGCCCUUGGAGCCGCUGCAGCCGGGUCCUGCGCCUCUGCCUCCACACGCGCCUGCAGCGCUCUGUCCGCGGGACCCUCGCUCCUCGGCCGCCUGCUCCGCGCCCUCCGCGUCCCCAGGGGCCGUCCCUCCGGCCGCCGCCGCCUCCCCGCCUGCCUCCCCGGCCCCCACCUCCUCCCCCGGCUUCUACCGGAGCGCGUACCCGGCCCCCUCGGACUUCGGCGUGCACUGCAGCAGUCAGACCACCGUGCUGGACCUGGACACUCACGUGGUGACCACAGUGGAGAACGGCUACUUGCACCAGGACUGCUGCGCCUCCGCCCACUGCCCAUGCUGUGGCCAGGGCGCCCCAGGACCCGGCCUGGCGCCCGCAGCCGGCUGCAAGCGCAAGUAUUACCUUGGCCAGGAGGAGGAGGACGACGACGACGAGGACCCCGGCGAGCUGGGGGCAGAACCCCCCGGGGGCGCCCAAUUCGCCCCCUGCAAGCGCGCCCGUUUCGAGGACUUCUGCCCAGACUCGUCCCCGGACACGUCCAACAUCUCAAACUUGAUCUCCAUCUUUGGCUCGGGCUUCUCCGGGCUGGUGAGCCGACAGCCGGACUCCUCCGAGCAGCCGCCGCCACUCAACGGGCAGCUGUGCGCCAAACAGGCGCUUGCCAGCCUCGGCGCCUGGACUCGAGCCAUUGUCGCCUUCUAGGGACCCCCCGAGGGCACGGGGCCCCGAGGCCCCGCGGGGCUAGGGCCAAACAAAGACUCGACCAAGGGGGGAGAGAAGGGAGUGAGCAGGCACCGGGCCACUUGAGCUGAGCUGGGACAAGCAGGGGAGGCGGCUGAUGUUUUAUAAAUUGUAAAAUAAAAAGAAAAAGAAAUCUAAGAUCUUGGACUUUAUUUUUGCAAAGAGAAAAAGCGCCUAUUUAAGUAUGCUUUGUGUUUCUCUUAUUCUUUUUUCUUUUUAUUGUAGUGAUUGCAGUGGUGUUGAGCGAAAAGCUACUGCCCGGAGGAGGUGCCGGGCAGCCGGGGGCAAGGCAGGGCGCCCAGGCCACCGGGGCGCUCCGGGGGCGCAGCGCAGGAGGGCGCGGGACCCGGGACGCCGAUUCCAAUCCGUUGUGAGACUCGGGAAGCCCGGAGGUCGGUUCUCCCGAGUCCUUCCGUAGGGUGAGGGAUGGGUCUUGUGAAAUCCUGAGGAAAAACAAAGGCAAACUCUAUCUCCGAAAGGGACGUUUGGGUCACAUUUCCUCUCUGGGGGCGGCCUCCAAAGUUCUCAAAAUGAGAAGGCAGAAAUGAAAACACUUCAACUUUUUUUUUCUUUUCUUCGCGGGGAGGGCGUCUUGAACCCUCCUCUCCCCGCCCUUCUAGCUGGGUUCUUUUCCCUCCCCCCACCCCGGUUCCCGGAUAGGGGGUGAGGCAGGACACCCCGACACUCGGACACUGUUUGGGGAAGGGGUGGGGGGCGGACACGGCGGACUACAUUUCCCAUCAUGCCCAACACUGCAGUCCUCACUAAACAAAAAAGGAAGUCCAUUCCUUCACCUGGAUCCGGGCGGCCCCGGGGAAGGGAGGGGCCGGGACCGCCGACUUUUGAAGACAUUUCUCUAAGUUCCUGGUCAGAUGUGGUGUUUGUGCGUGUGCUUCUAAGUUGCACUGUCCUGGUUCAGCCUAAGGUUGCGUUUCAUGAAACCUGUAUUGUUCGAGCCUGUGAGAAACCCGUCUGUGUCUUCAGCUCGAUAGAUUUUGUUUAAUUUUAAACCUUUUGUUGUAAAAAGGUGGGGUGCGUCCGCAGUCCCUUUGGCCUUCUGCCAUCAGCACCAUGUGGACCCCAAAACAAGUUUCCAACCCUUCCUUUCUUGGCCCUUCUCCCUCAUACCCCUGUAUUUUUGUGCUUUCUGAAUUGUAUAUCACCGGGUAAAACUGUUAAGAUUAUUUGUUUAAAUUUAUAAUCUUAAUAAAAAGUCGAUUACAGAGGAUGGUGGUACCUUGUUUACAG